AAUAUGCUACUAGACCUUCUGGACAGUAAACAUUUCUCACAUUAUGUAGACGCUCUCGUCGAGGAGGUUUGGGCAGGGCUGCCUCUGCGUUCAGGAUGGGAGGUGACGGUGGAAUGUUGAGGAAAGUGAUCCGGGAAGCUGAUGUUGAUGAAGCACACCCUGGUCGAGGACUAAUCCUCUAAAAUCCACAAGUUUCUGUGUCGAAGGGGGAGUCGUCAUGAGCGAUCUUGCAAGGUGCGGAUUUGAAUAGGUUGUUCGAUGAGAUUAGAUGUUCAUGACCAUCAACUGAUCAGCCCUGGGGUUGGUAGAUUCAAAAGAGAAGGUUGAAGUUGAGUUGUCGAUGAGUUCAACUGGCUUUCUCCAACUCACUCUUUCGCUUCUUUCUGCAUCCAGGCUUGCAGGAAACCCCCACGGCUACCACUUGGACAAACCUCCUGGCGCUAUACAUACAUACACAGACGAUGAAGAGCUUCAUCAACCACAUCGCCCCCAAGAUCCCAUUCCACACCCGUCCUGGCCACAAUCCCCCAUUACCACCACGACCGAACGCUUCGCAAGGUGUCGUACCACAGCACCACCAAGAACCAGUGCUUGGAGGUUAUUAUGCAAAUUGGACCGUGUAUUCCAAGCCACCCUUUCCGCCCUCCCAGACCGCCUACUACCACCUGAAUACGAUCUUGUAUGCAUUUGCCAAGAUCACUCCAACCGGUGAGGUUUCCUUGUCGGAUCCUUGGGGAGAUGUUGAAAAACCCUUCGAGCCCUCUCUUGGGACGCCCGAGUUUGAUCCGGGAUUCAAAGGAAAUCUUGGCGAGAUUGCAAUCAUGAAAUAUCGGAACACUAAACUGCGAUGUCAGCUCUCUGUCGGUGGUGCGGGAGGAGAGAUCACGAGCAGCUUCCAACGGAUCAUCAAAUCAGAACACGCCAUGCGUAAAUUCGCCCAUGACUGCAAAGAACUAUGUCGGAAGUAUGGGUUUGAUGGGAUCGACGUUGAUUACGAGCAUCCCGAAAACAAUGCCGAAGGGCGCGGACUCCUCGAGCUACUUCGCCAUACUCGAGCGGGUUUGGAUCAGCUGGGCCAUGAGCUUGGUCGCCAAGAACGCUACAUACUGUCAGUAGCUACUAGCAUGGGUGAAUGGUCUGCUACUCAUCUACCACUACGCGAAAUGAACGAGGUACUCGAUAGGAUUUAUCUGAUGACAUAUGAUGCAUCCGGAAGUUGGGACAAAACUUUGAACCACCAUGCUCCGCUGCAUUCUCACCACGGCAAGGGGCUCUCGGCAGAAUCGACGAUUCACUUCUAUCAUUCCCGCGGGGUGCCGCUGCACAAGCUCAUCCUUGGAGUCCCGAUGUAUUCUCGCUCGUUCAUUACUAAGACUGGUAUCUGUGGACACCAUUAUGACCGUGUCUGUGGUCCCCAGGAAGAGGCUACAAGUGAAGGGACCCAUAUGUAUAACACGCUCCCUCGCCCAAACGCAACUGAAUACCAUGACAGUAAACUAGGAGUGGCCUAUUCAUACGAUGGAAAGGAAUGGUGUUCAUACGAUUCCCCCACGAGCAUGGCGUGGAAAACUCACUUUGUCCGCCAACGCGGACUUGGGGGCGUGUUCUUUUGGGAGCUUGCUGGCGGUCAUGUUGCUGCGAAACCUCCUCAUCCACGAGACUUGGUCCCUGUAGCUUGGGAGGGACUGCAUGGCGGUAUUGCAGGUAGUUAUUGAGGCCAUCUUCAUUCCUUUCCGUCCAACUGUAGCAUCCGUGACAAUUGUCUCUUCAUCAUAACCUCCUUGUAGCAUGUUUGUUUUUUUGUCUUGAAAAAAAAAAUCUAAUCAUCAGAUUUAUAUCAGCUGUCUAUAGAGAAGAAAACAAACUUCAUGUAGUCUAGAAUGUGGGGUUUUUUUUUUGAGCUUUCAAAC